AUUAAGUUUAGCCUAAGUAACAUUUUUGAAACGCCAAAUUGAUUCUGUUAACGCACUUGGAGUUAACAGAAUCGAUUUCUCAACUUUGCGUCACGCGAAGUAGGCGCCUAACGCAAAACUGAGACGUUUAGAGUGACCAUAUGCAGUGAAUAUUGAAAAGCUUUCGAUUCGAAAAUUGUUUGUUACUUUUUGUUGUAUUGCUAUAUUUAUGUUGUUUGUUUAUAUAAUGAGAAAAGUUAAAUAAUUUGAUUGAAUUACGAAAUUGAAAGAGCGACAACAAGGUGUUACCUAUAAUAUAAGAAAGAAGCAGGUUCAUAAAUUGUUUAACUCAAAUCUAAGCUAAAUCGAUUUAAGAUAACGGUAAGCCGGCAUGUGUAGUACUCAAUGUCAAGGUGCAAGGCCACGAAACACACGCCAAGUUCAUGUUUUCUGAUUGGAAUCCACAAGUUUGCCGUAAUUGAGGAUAAGGGCGCGGCACUUGUUGAACAAAUGCAACAAGUUUGGCAACCUGGCAACGGUUUGUAAACAAUAAAUUGAGCUCAAGUUCAGCUGUUGCAUUGGCAACGCUCAAUUCGAUGGAAUGUUUAAUCGAUGACCACUCGAAGGAUAAAAACAGACAGAAAACAAGAGCACAUCGAACAGAAAACAGCCAAGUUCUAGAAAAAGCUAACUGCAAUUUUGCAAUGGCGCGCCAUAAAAACUAGAAAAACCAAAGAGUUUCGGUGAUUUGUCAUCGGAUUCCUAAUCAGCUGACAAGGACUUGGUCCGCAGCAUGGGAAACACGGAGAGCAAUGUGACGAGUGGCGUCAAGAAACAGGCGGGAGUCUCCACCCAGGCCCUCUACAAAUUUGUCAAUCUCAAGGGCGGCGGCCUUCUGGUGGACAUGAUGAAGCGCGCCUGUCAGACCAAACAGUUUGCCGAGAUCGAUCAUGCGAUCAAAACGAAAGUGGAACCGUUUUUAUAUAACAAGGGCGCUGGCCGUUAUUUUCCCAUAUCGAAGCUGGUGCUACUGCGAAAUCGGGACAGGCCACGGACCAGGCAAUUGCCCGAGAUACGGGCUCUAGAGAAUCCCGAUGAUGAUUUCAAUAUACACGACUAUUGUCCGGAGGUAUCCGAGGCGGAAUACAUAUCGAAUCCGAGUGCCUAUCGCUUUGUGUGCUGGGAUCUGAACAUGCGCGGUGCUGUUGGUGAAACGAUUCUGCAUCUCUGCCUGCUGAAUGCCUCCUCCCUGCAUGCUGAUCUGGCGAAGCGUCUCCUGAAGUUCUAUCCGAAGCUCAUUUUGGACAUCUAUAUGAGCGACGAGUACUACGGCGAGAGUGUGCUGCACAUUGCCAUUGUCAACGAGGAUCCGGCCAUGGUCAAAUAUUUGCUGGACGCCAAUGCCGACGUUCAGGAGCGCUGUUGCGGCGCUUUUAUGUCCGCGGAGGACACGAAGGCCUCACGCACGGAUUCGCCGGAUCACGAGUACGUGGCACUGCAACCGAUAACCAACUAUGAUGGCUACGUAUACUGGGGCGAGUAUCCUUUAAGUUUUGCCGCCUGCCUGUCGCAGGAGGAGUGCUUCAGACUGGUGCUGGCGCGCGGCGCAGAUCCGGACUUUCAGGAUACCAAUGGCAAUACGGUGCUGCAUAUGCUGGUCAUUUACGAGAAAAUCGAAAUGUUCGAUGUGGGCUAUGAGGUGGGCUCGAACAUACACGUGCGUAAUAUACAAAAUCUGACGCCCUUGACGCUGGCCGCCAAGCUGGGCCGGGUCGAGAUGUUCUUCCAUGUGAUGAGCAUUGAGCGUGAGAUAUAUUGGCAGCUGGGCAGCAUAACCUGUGCCGCGUAUCCCUUGCUCAUGAUCGACACCAUUAACGAGGAGACGGGCAACAUCAACAAGGAUUCAGUGUUGAAUUUUGUGGUAUUCGGUGACAAGCUGGAGCACUUGGAGCUGUUGGAUGGCGUGGUCAUUGAUCUGCUGAAGACCAAAUGGGACACCUUCUGCAAAUCCCGUUUCUACAAGCAGUUUUACAUGUUCGCCUUUUACUUUCUCAUAUCGCUGUUCAGCUUCAUAUUGCGUCCGGGUCCGGAUUCCAAGGAGGACGAGGAUGAGGAGCCGGAGGGCACAGCUGCUACACCUGCCAAUGUCAGCGCAUCUCACGAUCUGUACACCAACGGCAGUCUGGGCCAGCAUACCAAACGUGGCACAUCCAGCACUGAAUACAGUCCGUUUGUUGAAUCCAAUCGAAAAGAACAUGAAAUCAUUUUUGAUGUCCACACAGAAACCUUUUGGCUGAACUUUACGGAAUAUUAUGAUCCCAGCGAGGUCGAGACCUUGCCCGCCUGGUGGCAAACCUACGCCCAGUGUCCGCUCAUGAAUCUGGAAUCGGAUCUGGCCAAGCUACGCAUCAUAGCCGAGCUAAUUAACUUCGUGGGCGCCAUACUCUACCUGCUCGUCGCACUGAGGGAGGCACGCUUCCUCGGCUACAAAAUGUUCAUCGAGAAUCUGAUGACUGCUCCGUCGCGGGUCAUGUUCUUGUUCUCCUGCGCCCUCAUGAUGACCAUACCCUGGCUGAGGGUCUCCUGUCUUACCGAAAUCGAUGAUCAUGUGACCGUUAUGAUUAUGUUGACCACGGCGCCGUAUUUUCUCUUCUUUUGUCGUGGUUUCAAGACCGUGGGACCCUUCGUUGUGAUGAUCUAUCGCAUGGUGAUGGGAGAUUUGCUGCGAUUCGUUUCCAUCUAUUUGGUGUUUGUGCUGGGCUUCUCGCAGGCAUUUUACAUCAUAUUUCUGACCUUUGACAAUCCGUCAACGCCCGAGGAUCAGGACGCCGAAUCGAAUCCAAUGCCCUCGCCCAUGGAAUCCAUUGUGGCCAUGUUUCUAAUGUCGCUAACCAAUUUUGGCGACUAUUAUGGCGCCAUGGUGUCCACACAGCACGAGUACGAGGCCAAGAUAUUGUGGUUUCUGUUUAUGGUGAUUGUCAGCGUUCUGCUGGUCAACAUGUUGAUUGCCAUGAUGGGCAACACCUACCAGAAGAUAGCCGAGAUACGCAACGAGUGGCAGCGCCAAUGGGCGCGCAUUGUGCUCGUCGUGGAGCGCAGUGUGCCGCCAGGUGAGCGCCUGAAGAACUUUAUGCAAUACAGCCAGUCCAUGUCCGAUGGCAGACGCGCCCUGGUCCUGCGCUUGAACAUGACUGACGAGGAGAAGGAGGAAAUGAAGGAGGUGCAGGAGAUGAAGCGCAUCCACCAACGUUUCUCCAAAAAGCGCCAAAUGGAGCGGGAGGCGCGUGCCCGUCGUCGCCAGCAGGAGUACGAGAAAUUCUUUGGCACCGCCCCGAAGACGGACAGCACAGAGCAGCAUAAUUUGUGAGUCAGUCAAGUCCUGACAAUGAACUAGUUCAAGUUUUAUUGAACUGAGCGCUUCGCUCUUUGCCUGUUUUCCAUUUUCUUCUUUAUUUUUACACCCUGUACCCAUUGAAAUUAGUUUAAAGGGGUAUGAUGUAACAGGCAUAAGGAGGAGGACCUCAUAUAUAUUCUUAGUUAGCCAAGUCCGUCUGUCUUUUUGUCCGCCCGUCUGUCUGAAAUAUUCCAUCUCUGAGGAGCUGGACACUUAAAAAUUGGAAAGUAAAUCCUCCUAUCGGUAACUCACUAUGCUUCCACAAAAUCGAUUACUUACUAGGACAUGAUGACAUGUAAGUUAUGCAAGAAUGUAAUUCCCAUAGAGAUUAUGAGAAGAAUAUGUAAGUACAUACCAUGUUAGGAAGAAAUCUGGAAUAUUUGUAACCGCAGUUCGGUACAGUUGGGUUCAGGGUAUCUCCAAGUCGGUCACUCUCGACUAGAGCACUUUUCACUUUUUGUGUUCUGUUGAGAAUCCUGUUAAGAUUUGUUCGCAUUGUGCAAUAAAUGUUUAGUCUAUGAGCCGU